AUGGGGGACCCAGAGGCAGCCAAGGGCGCCAAGACCUACUCAACUGGCUUUGCAGUAGAGAGAGAAGAGGAAGGACGGAGGGGUUGGAGAAAAAAGGGGGAAAUAACAGAGGGGGGCAGGGAAGGGAGUGGGUGCCCCCAAGAAGGGAGGCUCCAGAAAAGCGAAACGCAGUUUGGCAGCCCGAGGGCCGCGGGCCCCAGCGAUGGGGGGCUGGGGGAGGCCGGGGGCGGGCCCUGGACCCACGCCAGCUCCGUCUGCGCCGAGGGGGAGGGAGGGCAGGGCGGCCUGGGGGAGGGGAGCCGGGGUGAGGGCGGGACACAGACUGCGGCCGCCUGCGGCUCCGAAGCUCGGGGUCUCCGGGGGCGCGGGGACGUGGGGCCGAAGACCCCGAUCCGCAGCCUUGGCGAGGCCUCGUCCUUCACUGUACAGAUGCGAAGCUUUCAAGGACACGUCUGCACCGGCCCAGCGGGGGUGCGUGUGCGUGAGUGUGUCCGCGUGCGUGUGAGUGUGUGCGGGGGGGGGGCGUGCUGCUGCAGGGGGCGACCCCGGGCGCCCCCACCGGCACCGCUCCCGGUCCCGGCCCCGCUGCUCUCACCCCCGCGUUUUCCGGCCCCCGCGGCCCCGGCCCGGGAUCUUCGCCCGCCCCCGCCCCGCCCCCACACUGCGGCGCCGCCGCCACCGCCACCGCCGCCGCCGCCGCCCCGGCUCCCACGGCCCGCGGCGGGGGCAGGGAGGAGCCAGGCACGACGUGCCCCCCCCCCGCGCCGCCCGGCCCUCCGCGGGGAGGUGUGCCCCCCAAGUGGCACUCUCCCCACCUCCGCCGCCCCUCCCAGAUCCGCUGGCACCCCGCACCCCCAGCCACAGGUGGCCGGAGGAAGAUCGCUACGCAGCGCUCCCCGGCCCGGCCCCCCGAUCACCCCUCGGCCCGCCCCCGGGGGCCUCCCCGGUCCCCCGCCCCGCCGGGCCGAGGAGGGCCGGGAGCCGGGGGGAGGGGCGGGGGGCCGGGUCGUGCCAGGCUGCCAUUUUCUGCCGCCGCCGCGGAGCCUGCGCGGGGCCCGGCCCCCGCCCCCCUCCUCCGCUCCCUGCUCCCUGCGGGCCGCGGCGGGGGCCGAUUAUUCCGGGUCGGGGUCCGCGCCCUCCAGCGCCCCGGCCGCAGCCCGGCCCGCCGGCCCUGCCCGCAGCCCCGGCCCCGCGAGCGCCCGGCGCCGAGUUGCAGGGGUCCAGGAGCGUGCCCCGAGCCGGGCACUGCCCGCCGCCGUGCCCCCCGCCCGCCUCCCCUCCUCCCCGCCCGCCUCCGGGCCGGCCUGCCGGGCCGCCAGUAGCGGCGCUCAUUACCGUGUGGCCGGUCGGGUCGGGCCGGCCCGGCUGCGCGCCCUAGUGCCGCGGCGCCGCGUCCCGGCUCGUCCUCUGCUCUCGCCGCCGCCGCCGCCCGCGCGCCCUCCCUCCCUCCCUCCCGGCCCGCCUGCCUGCCUCGCUCGCUCGCUCCCUCCCUCCGCUCGCUGUCGCGCUCCCUCUCUCCGCCUCCUCCGCCGGGUCCCCCCCUCCCACCCCUUCUCUCCGCCUUCCUCCUUCCCUCCCUCCGGCCGCCCGCGGGCCCAGGCCUCCGCCCGCUGCUCGCCCCCCGCGGCCGCGCUGGCCCCGGCCCCGGCGCUGCGGAGCCGGCCCGGGAGGCAGCGGCGACUGGGGGGCCCCGGGGCGCCGCGGCGGGAGCGGCCUGGGCGCGCGGCCGGUCCUAGCGCCCUCGGCCCGACUUCCCGGCCUCUGCGGCCCCGCCGGGGGUCCCCGCACGCUGCGAGACGGAGGGCCGGACUCGGCAGCGCCCCGACCCUGCGCUGGGCCUGGGCGCCCCGACUCGGCCGCGCUCCCGGCCACUCCGCCGGGGGCUUCGCUGCAGCCCUCCCCUCGCGGGGCGCCCCGCUACCUGGCGCUGCCUGUGCGCUGGGUCCCCGCAUCCAGCACUGGCCGCAGGGACAGCGGCCCCUCCUCUCCCCGGGCCGGUGUCAAGUGCCUCCCCCCGGCAGCCCGCGGAGCCCCCGGCGGCCUUCGCCCUGCAGUUCUCCCGACCUCCACCAGAGCCCACUGCACUCUGCCUGCCUCAGCACUGGGGCCGGGGACAGCAGCGCCGGUCCGUCCGCGCCGCAACCCCCACCCCACCCGCCACCCCUGCCAGGUGCCGCCGCCGAGCGGAGGCCAGCCCACUCCACAGGGCCGAGGUCGGGGCGCCAGGCCCAUCCAGGACGUCCUGAAGGCUCGAGCGUCUCUAUAGGGUGA